UUGCAAUAACUUACUGUUGCAAUAGACUUUUCCCAAUUUUAAAUACCCCCCUUCUAUUAUGCGCACAAAAUAUCUGAGUCAACCUUAGCGUUUAGAUCGAAGAGUGAGUUUAUAGUUUGGAGAGAGUGAGAUUCCGGAAGUGAGAAGCCACCUCGAGAUGGCGGUAGUUGGUCAUCAUGGCAAAGCAAGGAGGCCAUGGUGGUCCAAUUUAGGGAGAGAGGGUUGAUGAGGUUGAGGAGCAAACUAUCGCCGUUGAUAGCGACGAUGAGCUUGAGUGAAUCGGCCUUGGUGGUCCAAUGUGGAGGGAGACAAGGAGAGCCCAAAGAGAGGAGAAGAGAAGGUCUAGAGAGAGACAUUUUUGGUGAUGAUCGAAAGGGCUUAAAGCUCCAGCCAUGGAGGUUCAAAUGGGAUGUCUCUUUCAACAAAUUUUCUGGAGAUCUUCCAGUUUCCUUAGGUUUGGCAUCCUAUCUUUCUUUGUUAAAUGUUGCGAACAACCAAUUCAAUGGAUGGAUACCUCAAACUAUUAUUUCAAUCCCUAAUUUUAUAUAUGAUGGAAAUUCAUUUGACAAUGGCCCUGCUCCUCCUUUGCCACCAUAUACUCCUCCUCUUGGAAGAUCAGCUACUAAUCGCAUUUAUUCUGGAUCUCAUGCACCAUCGACACAUAAUUCUAAUGGUGGAUCAUCUAAUUCUGAUAAGGGAAAUUUAAACUUAUAAUAUAGCAUGUUUAACCUACAAAUUUUAUUAAUUCAACUAGUUGUAUAUUGAUGAUUUAUGAUAAUGAAUUUAUAUGGUUGAAUAUAUAUAUUGA